UCAGAGCACUGGUUGCCACCUCAGAGAUGGGGUGUGAGGGAUGCAGCCCCUGUGGAUAGACAGAAGUGAAAAUUGAUUAUGCCACAGUGCACACUCCCUGACAAUUUGUGGGGAAAGGUUGAAAAGAGGGAGAGAUAAACCCUAUACAGAUGUACAGGGGGUCACUUUAGUGCCCCUGAUCUCACCUUGUGCUGCUUCCAUUUUACUUCCUUUUGGGUACAACAUCGUCCUUUGAGUCUGCAGCUGGGGAAACACACAGUUCUGAUGUCUGCGUCUGCAAAGGGCAGCAGCCACACGCUGAAUCGAAAUUUAAUUGCAGGUAAAUCAUAUGGAAACGGGUGACUACUGCAGCUUCACUGAACUAGAGCCUCGCCGGGCUCCUGCCAAGACCCAAGGACAGAGCAAAGAUACAGAGCGAGGAGGCAGCGAUCGCACCCAUCGCCGCGGUCCCGGUGGGAUGUGCGGUGAGGGGAUGCGCGGCUGGGGGGAUGCGCGGCUGAGGAAAUGCGCGGUUGAGCGGCGCGGGGGGAUGUGCGCGGGGACAGAGCCCUGAGAACGGCGGACAAGGGACGGUCCCGCCUCUCCGAGAGCACCGACAGGCGGGACCAGGCGGGACCCGCACCUGUCCGGGCGGGGCAGGCGCCGGGGGCGGACCGGGAGCGCCGGACCCGCCGGGGUGGGUGAGUCCUCCCGCGCCGGGGGCUCGGGAAGAAAGUUUAAAUGCCGGUACCGGCGCGGGUGGAGCGGCCGCCCGGGGGUCGCGGGGCCGCCCCACGUCUCGUGUGACGCGCGGCGAGCGCCCGCCCGCCCCGGGCCGGGGGGAGCGACAGUGCCCGGGAGAGGCGGAGCGGGGCCGCCCGUCGCUCCCCGCCUCCGGCCCCGCACCUGCUCGGGCGCGCAGCGGCGCGGGGACCGCGCGGGGCCGGGCCGCGCCGCGCCGGGCGGGGAUGCGCAUCCCUCGGCGGCAGGAUGCCGGAGGGGAGCGCGGGCGGCCGCGGCGCGGAGAACCGGACGGGCGCCGAGGCCCCGCAGCACCUGUUCCCCGUGCCCGUGCUCACCGGCAUCACCGUCGCCUGCGUCCUGCUCUUCGUCAUCGGGAUCGUCGGCAACCUCAUGACCAUGCUGGUGGUGUCGCGGUUCCGGGACAUGAGGACCACCACCAACUUCUACCUGUCCAGCAUGGCCUUCUCCGACCUGCUCAUCUUCCUCUGCAUGCCCCUGGACCUCUUCCGCCUCUGGCAGUACCGGCCCUGGAACUUCGGGGACCUCCUCUGCAAGCUCUUCCAGUUCAUCAGCGAGAGCUGCACCUACUCCACCAUCCUCAACAUCACGGCGCUCAGCGUGGAGCGGUACGUCGCCAUCUGCUUCCCCCUCCGAGCUAAAGUCAUCAUCACCAAGGGGAAGGUCAAGCUGGUCAUCCUCUUCCUCUGGGCUGUCUCCUUCAUUAGCGCCGGACCCAUCUUCAUCCUGGUGGGGGUCGAGCACGAGAACGGCACGAAUCCCCUGAGCACCAACGAGUGUCGAGCCACCGAGUAUGCCAUCCGCUCGGGGCUCCUCACCAUCAUGGUCUGGAUCUCCAGCAUCUUCUUUUUCCUGCCCGUGUUCUGCCUGACUGUGCUGUACAGCCUCAUCGGGAGGAAGCUCUGGAGGAGGAAGAGAAAGAACAUCGGUCUAAACACCGUCAUCAGGGACAAGAACAACAAGCAAACUGUGAAAAUGUUAGUUGUGGUGGUAUUUGCUUUCAUACUCUGCUGGUUGCCUUUUCACGUAGGACGAUAUUUAUUUUCCAAAUCCUUUGAAGCUGGAUCCUGGGAGAUAGCAGUGAUCAGCCAGUACUGCAACCUGGUAUCCUUUGUCCUCUUCUACCUUAGUGCAGCCAUCAACCCCAUCCUCUACAACAUCAUGUCCAAGAAGUACCGCGUGGCCGCCUGCCGCCUGUUCGGACUCAAACCCCUCCCAAGGAAAAGACUCUCCAGCACAAAGCAGGAAAGUUCCCGUGUGUGGACAGAGUCGAGUGUCAUCACAUGACACAUGGUUUCCAGGGCUGGUGCAUCACUCACUGCAUUUCCCAGAAAGCCAUAACAGAAGGGAAAGAGGGCAAGAAACGGGAAUCGGAAUGUUAAAGCCGUACUUUUGUCAUCGUCCGGAUCUGCUGAAAGAUGUAAUGCAGGCAGUUAAAGAUUCAAGAAAACAACAAGCUAAACUUUGAGACUAUAAAAGGAGACAAAUGGUCACAGAAUUUGGAAACACUCAAGUAUAAUUUGUCUGCUGCUUUUGCCCGUAUGAAUUUUUAAUGCUGACUUUAGCCCAGAUCUAGGCUUUGCCCUCCUGACCAAGCAAACAUGGCCCACUUGUACAACUUCAGUAGCAGCUAAUUCGAGCUGAAUGUUUCCAGAGUUAGCUUUAGUUUUGCUAAGAAUUUUGCUACCAUAUAACCAGACCCUAGAGAGAGAAAACUGAAUUGCCUUUUUGGAGUAGUAAACGUGAAAUUUGAUACACUUUUCAUAAUCUUGAUUUUUAAAUAAGCUCACGUUUUUCUCAGAAGGAGGAAAUGAUUUCUUAAAAACAAAAAAAAAAAAAAGAGAGGUAAAAUGGGUAAUUUUUACACAUGCUAAAAAUAAAUGACCUUCAUGUCACGUCCAAGUAGAAAGGAAACAAAAAAUGCCUUCACAGAAGUGGCUUACAACAUGACUGUACUGAAAUAUUUUUUUUAAAUAUAUAUCAGUGGGACAAGGACAGGGCUGACUUCAGGACUGCGGUGAUGCUAUAAAAAUGUGGAAUGCAAUCUCCCACCAAAGUCUCUCUUUUUUUUUAUACUAGCUAAAUCAUCUGUACUUGUUUUGUUCAGUGUGACUGUGAGUGACACAAUGUGGUUGAACUUGGAAGCUUUUAGUUGUAUUUAUUUGGUAUUUGUAACAAGUUUGCGGCUACCUGUCCCUAACUGUGCCCGUCCAUACCCCAAGGUUUGCUGAGGACAAGUCUCCUGCUUGUAAACCCCCUCCACAUUUCUGUUUGAAGUCUAUUAGCCAGUUCCCAGUCCCACAUCCCCCCGUAAAGCCCAGUGUGCAAUUGUACUCGUUUGCUGCAGUAUUGAAUUGAGAACAUUUUACAUUUUUUAACCAACGUGACCUGAGAAAAUAAUAGAAAAAUCUGCAUUAAAAGACACAGGCAGACACAUUCUCAUACUUGAUUCAUAAAAAUCUUAAAUUAGAUUUAAGUAUGCCAUUUCAAGGCACACCAGAAAAUGUUCCAUCCGCUGUGCUAAUAAAUAUGUCUUAUAUUGUCUCACCAACACGUGGAUUUUGUGCUCCAGCUCAUAGAGCUUCAGAGCAUGCAUGUGAUAGCAGCUUUCUGUUCACUUGGUUCUAGUAUUCAUUCUCCAUAAUGAAUUUAAGUUCUCCUUAAUGAAUUUGCUGUUAGCAGAAGCUUUCCUGCCUUCAAACCCUCGUUCACACUGGGCCACUUUACACCUGUUACACCUCUAGCUGGCGGUGCUGCUCAGGUAAAACAAGAGAAUUUGGCCUCUUCUCUACAUACCACAUCCUUCCUAGCACCUGGCACUUUGCUGGGGUCAGGGGCUGGUUGCUGCUCCUUGGUGGUUCCUGAGCCUGUGCCCUCCCCACUCCACGCUCGCAGGAGCGCAGGUUUGAUGUACACACACUACACAUUAAGGUACGGCAGAGCUAUGGGAUCAUCUCCCACUUCACCUCUAACCACAUCCACCUCACAGCCCAUUUUGUUCUCUCACUCAUUGACUGACAAGCAGAUCUGAUGGCAGACGUCAUGCAACUCAGGGAAACAAGACACUGGGGAAUCUCAAAAGGAUUGUGAAGAUGUGAGCUCACUAAUGACCCGUCUGUGUAAACGAACCCAUCACAAGCACCCGGCAUCACAUCAGUGUUUCGAGUCUCAGCUGUGUCUGUGGUAUUAAAUGUGAACAGAAAAAGAAAUAAAGUGAUAAGACCCUUUAUAA